UGUUGCAGUGUAAAUUUUAUAGGUUAUGGAUUCAGAACAAUAAACCUAAAGAUGGCACUGUUUUGAUGUUUUUUCUCUGAAACCGAUUUCUGAAGGACUUGUGCAAUGGAAUACUCUUCCGCUGAAAUGGUUUGUAUUCUAAAAGUAAAUACCAAGUGUGAGGGAUGUAAAGUGAAAGUGAUGCAGAUCUUGCAGAGUGUUCAUGGGGUCUACAACAUCACACUUGAUGGGGAUCAAGAUACAGUGAAAGUUACUAGCAGAGUGAACCCAAAUACAUUGUUGAGUGUGCUAGAGAGACAUGGGAAACAUGCAGAGAUCAAGUAUAUCAAGUUUAAUGGUGAGGUUAUGGACAGGGGUUCUUAUUAUAAUUAUGGGGAUUAUGGAUAUGCUCCUCUUUAUGGUAUGGAAUGUUCACCAUAUCCCUCAUUGCCAUAUCCUCAACACCAAUUUUAUCCACCUCCAAUGCCGCCAGCACCACCUCCACCACAACCACCACCAUAUUGGGCAGCACCGCCACCUCGUCCUCUUGGACCUCCUCUUUUUACAUCAACCUUGCCGCCGCGGCCACCUAAACCUACCCCCCCCAAAGAAUGUGGUGAAGGAACGGAGCCAUUGUGCAAUGAUGUAGGAAUUAUUAUUGCAAUUAUUCGUUUUGCUUGA